AUGAGCCCAUUUAGGCAAUAUAGAAUUCAUUUUCCUGAGGCGAGGGCACACAAAUUGCCAUACCGGAUGCAGCUUUUUGGACAAGCAACAAGCGUUCAACAAAUUUUGAACACGCAGCAAUUGCGUACCUACAAUAAAUUUUCUGGCUUCCACGCCACGAGAACCUGCGCCCGCCAGUUCAAAUGUAGCUCUUUUGGAAUGGAUUCUCACGAAGGUCAUGCUCACGACAAAUACAUUGCCUAA